UGCAGCCGCAGCAGCCAGUAGCAGCAAUACAGAGACAUAUGCGGGAUUAUAGAGCUAAACCCGGCCAGCAGCCACAGAGAUGAUUGCAAUUGCGUCUGAGGCUUUUAUUUAAUGCACCGCACCCGAGAAGAAGCCAGGAUUGCGUUCCCGUUUUGGAAAUAUUAUUUAUUACUGUGCCAAAGGCCCCUUGAAUUGAAUGUAAUGUGAACAUCUACAGCAAUGUGGUUAUUUUCCUGCAGAUGAGCUGCUGUUUUGUCCUCUCCCCCCUCCUAUUCUCCUUUCAUCAUAAUUCAAGAUCAUCUUCAAUUCACUGGACUCUCCUAGACCUGUAUAUGAAGACGGAGUGGGGACCGUAAUGACCGCACGCUUCCGGUUGCCUGCUGGCAGAUCUUACGAUGUGGGAGUGUUGGAGGAGGCCAGAGAGAGACAGCACGCGCAGGUGGAGUGUAACGUUUUACUGCUGGACAACACAGUACAGACCUUCAGAGUCAAUAAGCAAGAUCAGGGGCGGAUCUUGUUGGACAUAGUGUAUAAACACUUGGAACUAACAGAGCGAGACUACUUUGGCCUUCAACUAGCAGACGACUCUUCUGACAGCCAGAGGUGGCUGGAUCCAAACAAACCUAUUAGAAAGCAGCUCAAAAGGCUGUCUCCACAUAAUCUGAGAUAUAGAGUGAAGUUUUUCGUGAGUGACCCUAGUAAACUACAGGAAGAGUACACAAGGUAUUUGUACUUUUUGCAACUGAAGCAGGAUAUUCUGAGUGGCAGACUCCCUUGCCCACAAAAUACUGCAGUUCUUCUGGCUUCUUAUGCUGUUCAGGGUAAAGUAUUACAGGACCACUGUAACACAGAGAUUUACAUCGGAGUUUUGUCUGCCGGCAUCUCCGUCUAUAAGGACAGGGUACGAGUCAACCACUUUCCAUGGUUGAAAAUUGUAAAAAUAUCUUUUAAAUCUAAACAGUUUUUUAUACAACUAAGAAAAGAACUGACUGAGAACAGAGAGUCUUUAUUGGGUUUCAAUAUGAUGAACUACAGAGCUUGUAAGAACUUAUGGAAGGCCUGCGUGGAGCAUCACACGUUCUUCAGACUGGAGCGGCCCGUUCCUCCGGAGAGAAACCUCUUCCUGCAGUACUUCACCCUCGGAUCCAAGUUUCGCUACAGUGGGCGGACAGAGGCGCAGUCUGUACAGUACGGAAAGGAAAGAGGCAACAAGAACAGAGUUUUUGCAAGAUCGCCGAGCAAGCCUCUGGUCAGGAGACUGAUGAGUGGCUUGGACUGGGAGACCGUCAGCAGGAAUUCCCUCUCAGACGACCGACUGGAGACUCAGAGUCUGCCGAACCGUUCUCCCCCAGACUCGCCCGAUCAUAACUCGGUGUUUACCACAGACGGGGCGCGGAUCAGGCCGUCCUCCAUUGGUCACUUAGUCGAUCAUGUGAUCGAUGACUCGCCGUGCCAGACGUUCACCAAUCACAAGUCUGCGUCUUCCACGCAGGCCAACAGCAUCAGCCUGGACUCGACACCGUCUCCUGAUGUGACGACAGACGAGCAGCCGCCUGCUCUGCCCCCAAAACAGUCCAGAAGAGACCCUCUGACCCACAACGGCAGAUCCCAGUCUCAGCAUGAGCUGGACGAGCACCUCAGCGAACUAUACAACGUACCUGCGGCGUCAGGAAGGAGCAUGAAUGGAGCCGUGCCUCAUGACAAUCUUGUUCUGAUUAAAAUGAGGCCAGAUGAAAAUGGACGAUUUGGAUUUAAUGUUAAGGGUGGCGCUGAUCAGAGGAUGCCCAUCAUAGUGUCCCGUGUGGCUCCAGGAACUCCGGCUGAUAUGUGUAUGCCGCGCCUCAACGAGGGCGACCAGGUGGUGCUGAUUAACGGGCGUGAUAUCUCAGAGCACACUCAUGAUGACGUGGUUAUGCUAAUUAAGGCCAGCUGUGAGGACCAAUCAGGAGAGCUCAUCCUGCUCGUCAGACCCAAUGCCAUCUAUGACGUGGACGAGGAGCAGGAGAAGUUGGAUCUGGAGCCAGAUUUCCAGUAUAUUCCAGAGAUAUCCGGUCUGGAGCAGAGCCACUCGGAGGCCGAUAGUUUGAGAUCCUCCAUCCAGCUGCUGAGAGAUGGCCUUUCCAGCGGUACCGUGCUUGCGCAGUUUGAUCAACUGUACAGGAAGCGUCCUGGGAUGUCCAUGUCAUGCGCCAGAUUUUCGCAAAACGUCUCCAAAAACCGCUAUCGGGACAUUUCUCCAUAUGACACCACUCGAGUUGUGCUGAAGGGGACGGACGAUUAUAUCAAUGCAAAUUUCCUUAACAUGGAAGUCCCUGGUAAAUGUGAAGUAAAGCGGUAUAUCGCCUGUCAAGGGCCUCUUCCUGGUACCUGCUCUGACUUCUGGCAGAUGGUGUGGGAACAGAGUGCCGCCCUAGUGGUCAUGCUCACGACACAAGUUGAACGUGGCAGGGUGAAAUGUCAUCAAUACUGGCCAAACGUUUCGGCAAGUGGCACCUACGGAGGCUUUCAGGUUACAUGUGUGUCAGAGGAAGGGAACUCGGCAUACCUGCUCAGAGAUUUGACGCUUUCACACCUGGAGAGUAAAGAAGAAAGGCAGAUUUGUCAGAUGCAGUACUUGGCAUGGCCUGACCACGGCGUUCCAGAUGACUCGUCGGACUUCCUGAACUUUGUCAGUCAAGUACGCAGCAAAAGAACUGACGCAUCUGAACCUGUGGUGGUUCAUUGCAGCGCUGGGAUUGGUCGCACCGGGGUGCUUAUCACUAUGGAGACAGCGAUGUGUUUGAUAGAAAAUGGUCAGUCGGUGUAUCCCUUAGACAUCGUCAGAACCAUGAGAGACCAGCGUGCCAUGAUGAUCCAGACUCCUAGCCAGUACCGUUUUGUAUGCGAAGCGAUUCUGAAAGUUUAUGAUGAGGAGCUUGUAAAGCCAUUUGAGACUGAGCCUCCGGUCGAAAAGGAAGAAUGAACACCGCCCUUCAGCAUUUCUGAGGUUCUUCUGUGAUUUACAACUACUGCCAGUGAGAUCUGCGCUCAGCUCACUGUCGCCUCCUGCUGGAAGGCAGUGGACCUGAUCGCCCGCAAGCUAGAAUACAGACGAAAAAGCACUAUUGCACUUUACAGCAACAAACAAUGACUUAAGGGUAUUUUUCAUU